AUGUCUGAAAAACGCUCCACCGACGUCACAGAGCCGACUCCCAACGUAGACUCCCCCUUGAAAAAGAAGGUCAAAACCGACGAUAUCGUUGAUAUUACUACCGCUGAUGAUGAUGAUGAUGUCGACACAAAUGGUGCUGAAGCUAUAACUGCUGCUGCUACCACUGACUCCGUCGCACCUGAAGCGGACGUUGAUACAAUGGUCGUUGAGGGGAAAGAUACAAACGGGACGGAAAAGGCCAAAACGGAUUCUACAGCGGAUGAUGCAGCUGCGAAAUGGACUCCUCCGCCGGUUGGGAGUGUAUGUUGGAUUCAGAUCCCCGCGACGGAUGUGGGAAGGAGUAAGGCAUUCUACACCUCAGCCUUCUCAUUCUCCUUCAAACCCACCCCGGCCGGCUACAACGAAGAAGAUAUCGCAAUGUUCAUCCUCCCAAACCCCGGUGGUUCCUUAACCGGUGGUAUCUGCAAAGUUGAUUCUAAUUCUACACCUUCCGGAUCAACGAUUUUGUAUUUCAUGGUGGAGGAUGUGGAUAAAGCACUCGAGAAGAUUGUGGAAUUGGGAGGGAAGGUUAGAGAGGAGAAGAAGCCGGAGGGGCAACAUGGACUUGUGGGGUUGUUUGAAGAUACUGAGGGGAAUGUACACGGUGUGUAUCAGAUGAAGCCUGCCGCACCCGCCGCUGAUGAAGCGGCAGAGUAA